AUGGAUUUUCCAGCAAAGGGCACCACAGUUAACAAGGAAUAUUAUGCUUCUCUGCUGCAGAAAUUGCACAAUGCCAUUAAAGCAGCAUAUGGAACACCUUUAAAGUUAGGCCGAGUAUUAAAUGUAAAAGAAAUUUGGCAUCUUGUACAAGAGGAAGUAGAGAAAAAAUAUUUAAGUGAUAAAAAGGAAUAUUCAAACUCUGCUGAUCUGUGGAAAGAUGAAAUUGGUAAAAAAAUUGAUGGCCUACAGCAAAAACUUUACAGGAAACCAGCUGUAUUUUCUGCUUUAAAUUCUGGCAGAGUAUCUCAUUCAUGGCGACAUGAUCAAAGGUCAUGUUUUUUUCAAGUUACACCAACUUGUCCAACUCCACUUGUUGAUGCCUUAACUAUUGAACGCUUUGAUAAUGGCUCCUUGGCUCAAAGAAAUAAUAAAACAGAAGUCUUGAGGGAUUUUAAUAUCCAUGAGUCUUAUAAUAAAGAUCAUGCUGCUUCAUGUCCCACAUUAGAUGAACAAUGCAAUUUUGUUGCUGGUGCCACUCAGACUGAUAAUUUAGCCGACCAUCUCUUAUACAACCAUCUUAAUUCUUCAAACAGUUCUAGUACAAGUGGUGUUAUUGAUGUAGACUUCAGUUCAAGUAGCUCUCGCAGCCAAGAUGGUCAGAAAAAACGCAAAGAUUUUAUUCGCAGUUCACACAAAUUUGAAAGUGAUAGUCAGACAUCCCAAAGCAUGGAGAGCAAUCCUGAAAAUGGUACUUCUCUUCCAAGGCAAAGAAGUCCUAGUUUUAGAGCUGCUAUUGAAAGUCGCUCAAAUAUUCAUUUACUACCAAUUGGAGAUGAUGCGCAGAUUAAUCACAAAAGCUCUAAUUAUUUGACUGCUACACAAUACCAGAGCAAUAACCACAAUGAAUUUAUACAAUGCUCACGCAACAGAAGUUUAAGUUUUCAAGCUGCUAUUGAAGAUGGACAGCAUAGUCCAAUUGAUACUAAUGACAUGGAUGUCAUAUCAACUAGUGCAGAUGCCACUCCAGAUAAUCCAAAUUUGGCUGAAGGAUUUACACCUGACAUGUAUGGUAAAAUCAUGCUGCCAUCUGGACGAACAGAUUCAAGGAGUGUAAACUUUCAGUUAAAUACUAUUGAGACUGAUUUUAGAACUGAACCAUUAACUUCAGGAAACAUUUCACAAUCACUGAAAUCCUCUGAUGAUUUGCAUUCUUGUCAUGGUUCACUUCUCAAAUCAGAUGAAUGGAAAAAAACCCUUCGAACUGGUUUGAAUCAAGAAAUAGAAGUGUCUGUUACAUAUGCUUCACCUUCAACAUCCUUGGAUAGCAGUGGUUCUGAUGUUCCCAAAAAGUCCUGUAUUCGUGAUAGUAGUCUUUUAAGAAAUGGAUCAAAUACUGAAGGAGUCCAAAUUGUUAAUGCCAGUGAAACUUCAUUUAAAACCAGUAAAGCUCCUGAAGGUGAAUUAGAAAUGUCACCUAAGAAACAUCUUCAGUCAAGAAACAUGCGCAAGUUAGGUGUUCAUUCUUUGGAAUUUUCUAAAGAAACUAUACUUCAAGAAGAAAAUGCUGACUCAAAUUCUUUAAAAGUUGCCAAUAACAAAGACACAGUAACUUGUACACAGAAGCAACAGGAGAUAAAUUCAGCAUCUGAGGCUACUGAAGAAACUGCUGUUAAUAAAAUAUCAGGCUCUGAGAACAUAGAUGUAACUAAAAAUUCUAAACCUGAUGAUAUUUCUAAUCAUAGCCUUGGUACAUCAGAUAGCACAUCACAACUUUCUAAGUUGAGAGAGCCACCUUGUUUGACAUCUAAUGAAACAAACAGCACUUUAUGUCUCAAGGUCUUAAGGAAAAAAGAUAAUAAUCUUGCCAGAAAACGUGAACAAAUGAAACACAUGAAAAUGCCAGAACUAACUGAAUUAGCAGAAAAUGCUUCUGAAUGUAAUGAUACCUCAAAAGCUAAUGCAUUUAGUUUGGCAAAUACAUUUUUGCAACCUCCUGCGCCCUCAGACAGUAUGGUUUUGCCAAGUAUCUCUGAUGCUUUCCUAGUGGAACUUGGUGUAUUUGUUGAUCAAUAUGCCAAUUUUGGUUCUGAAGAUCUGACUGAACAAGAAACUGAGAAUAAAUUUCUUAGUUUAUCAUUAGCUUUCAAAACAGACAAACAAACACUUAAUCAGCGAUUACAAAUACAAAAGAAUUCCAGGGAUUUAGCUGAAGACAAUGUAGAAAAAGAAUUAAAAUGCUUAAGAGAAGCAUCUGAGUCUUUGUUGCAACUUUCAAAUGAUCCACAAAUUCGAGAUGCUGUGAAAAAUAUCCAGCAUUACAUUGAUGUCUUGGAACAAGCUGUUGCUCGAAUUUCUGGUCGAGCAGAAGUUUUUGGAGCUGUUCAACAGGAAGAACGUAUGAGUCGAGCCAUGGAAAUAAUGAUGUCAUAUGUAGAGAAUUUGAAAAGAAUUCGAGAAAGAGAACAUUUAGAAUUAGAAGAAGCAAAAACCCUUAUUGAUAAUAAAAUCUUAAAUCCAGAGGCUGGAGGAGAUUCUUCAACGCUGCCGCGUCGAGCCACGUCACUUUCCAGCGUUCCUUCAAAGAACACUCACCGUUUCAAAGCAUUAACAGCUACAAGUAUUGCGAUGGCAUCUGCUGCCAAAAUGAUGGAGACAACAAAGCGACGGGCCAGCGUUGCAGCGGUUUCUAAGAAUCCUACCCCAGGUGGGUCUGUACCAGGCAACCCAACAUCUAUGCAAACUGGAAUAAAGGAAAAGUGCACUGAGCACAAAGAGAAUGAGGGCAUCAUGAAUAAACAAGAAGUGUAUCACCGAAGGUCAACAUUACCAGCUGGUAAACUGUUAAGACGUGUUAACUCAUUUGAAAAAGAUCAGGACCCUUAUGAGGAUUCAAAUGACAAUGAAAUAACUCAUAGAGACCACUCUUUAGAGCAGACUUUGGAUGAAGCAAAAGAGGAAAAAGAAGAAAAUGAUUUUCAAGUUGGAUUCAGAAGAGGCCUUGCUAUAAAAAUGGACAAUAUGUUUGAAGGACUAAUCCAGCAACAAAGUAAUUUGGUUCAACACGUCCAGAAUAUGAUGGUUAAGAGUGACUUGGAAAAUGCAUCUGAUGUAAAACUUAGCUGUUUUUCCCAGUUUGAACAGAAGCAAGGUGUGGACCAUGCGAGCAAUCAUAUGUACCCCCAGGAAAGGGGAGUUUUCUACUCCCAGGGGCCCCAUUACUCAUUAUGUGAAAAAUUUUAAGAGUUUAGAACCAUCUUUGGAACAUAAGUAAUGUAUGUUCCCAAUCAGUUGCAAACUUCAGAAGUUCUGUGGAUUUACACACACACACACACAGACACACAUACACAAACAUAUCUUCAGUUUUAUGUACAUGAUAUAAAAUAUGUCAAAUCCUGAACAACUAACUAUUCAACUGGCAAGAGAGUUUGUUUGUGGAAAAUGUGAGAUAGGAGCUGGAGGGCUGGUGGAACCAGUGUAAAUGUUAUGUGAUGAGGUGGAAACAGUGAGAAGAUUUUGUUAUUUGGGAGAUAGGUUGGAUGUAAGUGGAGGAUGUGAAGCAGCUGUGACUGCAAGAGCAAGACUUAGCUGGGUGAAGUUCAGAGAAUGUGGAGUGUUGUUAUAUGGUAAAAGGUUGUCAUUGAAGAUGAAAAGAAGGGUCUAUAGGGGCUGCAUGAGAGCUGGUUUGAUAAUUUUUGUUGCAGCUGGUUUGAUAAUUUCAAGAAGAGGGCCAGUGUUCAUAGUGGAGAAGCAGUGAGUUCUGACACAAAGGCAGCUGAGGAUUUUGUGCAUGAAUUUCAUCAGCUCACCACAGUCAAGGGAUACAUUACACAACAAGUAUUCAACUGUGAUGAAACUAACCUAUUUUGGAAAAAAAAAUGCUCAGAAGAACCUACAUAACUACAGAGAA